AUGCAAAGAAACCAGAGUGAAAUCACUGAGUUCAUUCUUCUGGGAUUUGGAGAUCUCCCUCAUCUACAGAUCUCCCUGUUCCUGGUGUUUCUGGUGAUUUACAUCUUGACCAUGGUUGCCAACAUUCUGACUAUCCUUUUGAUAGUGAUUGAUCAGCACCUGCACACACCCAUGUACUUUUUCCUGGGGAAUUUGUCUUGUUUGGAGACAGUCUACAGCUCAACUACCCUACCCAGGAUGUUAACCAGUCUCAUGACAGGGAACAAAACCAUCUCUGUUAAGGGAUGUCACUUACAGUUAUAUUUCUUUGGUUUCCUGAUUGGUACAGAAUGCUAUCUCCUCUCUGUAAUGUCUUAUGAUCGUUUCCUAGCUGUAUGCAAACCACUAUAUUAUGUUACUCUUAUGAAUAGUAAGCUCUGUAUGCGGCUAGCGAGUGGCUCUUGGAUCAAUGGCAUUGUGUUUACCUCUAUAUAUUUGGUCUUGGUGCUGCAACUACAUUACUGUAGUUCCAAUGAAAUAAAUCAUUUCUUUUGUGAGUCUCUUGCAUUGGUGAAAAUAUCAUGCAGUAAUGCCAGUCUUGUGACAUAUGCCAGCGUAAUCCUGGCUUUUGUAUUCACUUUCCCCCCUUUUCUUUUGACCCUGACCUCUUACAUAUAUAUUAUUAUUGCCAUUAUAAAAAUCCCCAACACCUUUGGGAGACAAAAGGCCUUUUCCACCUGUUCUUCUCAUGUAAUUGUUGUUUCUACAUUCUAUGGGGCUUUAAUCAUUGUGUAUCUGACGCCAAAGACUGAAACAAUGAGAGAUCUUAACAAAAUAUUUUCCCUGCUGUACACAGUUCUGCGCCCCUUAAUUAACCCCCUUGUAUAUAGCCUGAGAAACAAGGAUGUUAAGGAAGCUUUCAGGAAGACCACCAGGAAGGUUUUAGGAGACCACUUUUUGAAUUAG